AUGGAUUUCUCCUCUGAUUGGAACAUUUUCUGGACUGUUACAUUUACAUUGAUCGCUACAGUAGUAACCGCCGGUAACCUCUUAACCAUUUCAGUAUUCCUAAGACGGAAACUUCUGAACCGCGCUCGUUACCUUUUAUUAAGCCUAGCCAUCGCGGACACAUGCGUGGGAGCGGUAUCCGCUCCUCUGUACAUUGCUGUUGGUAUCCAUCCACAAGAGGAAUUGCUGGUACUCUUGUUUCAAUGCGUAGAUAUGUUUACAGGAAUGGUGUCUAUUUUCACCCUUGCUAGCAUUUCAGUAGAAAGACUCCACGCCGUGUUAUGGCCCUUUCGCCACUGUUUGUUGACAUCACGUUUCUACAUAUGCGUUGUUGGAAUACCGUGGGUAUUUGGUUUGAUAGGAGUUUCAUCUCGACUUCUCUAUCACUUCCGGGUUAUAUCCUCCUCGGAAUUCCUAAUUCUGACGAACACAUUUCUCCUGACUCCCCUUUUGAUAACAACCACCGCUUACGUUUUAUUAUGGAGAAAACUGCCUCAUCGACCUCAGAACGAAUACCAGGCCGACAAUCAUGACAAGAAAUUGGCGAAAACAUUGUUCAUUUUAACAGCAGCUUCCCUCAUAACCUGGAGUCCGCACCAAGUCUUGAUCAUUGUAUCGGCAUUUUGCAAGUCUUGCAGAUCUUGGCCCUACAAAGUGGUUCAUAUCGUUAAGAUAUUACAGUUUAUUAACUCAUUUACAAAUGUUAUCAUCUACUCCUUGAGGAUUUCGGAAUAUAGACAGGCAGUUCUUCCUUGCACCCUCUAA